UGGUAUUAUGCCUGAGUUUACCAAAUCCUCUCCGGCGCCUAAGAAGGGCUCCAAGAAGGCGGUGACCAAGGCGCAGAAUGACGGCAAGAAGCGCAAGCGCAAGCGCAGCCGCAAGGAGUGGUACUCGGUGUAUGUGUACAAGGUGCUCAAGCAGGUCCACCCCGACACCGGCAUCUCGCCUAAGGCCAUGGGCAUCAUGAACUCGUUCGUCAAGGACAUCUUCGAGCGCAUCGCGGGCGAGGCGUCGCGCCUGGCGCAUUACAAGCGCUCGACCAUCACCUCCAGGGAGAUACAGACAGCCCUGCGCCUGCUCCUGCCGGGGGAACUGGCCAAGCACGCCGUGUCCGAGGGCACCAAGGCCGUCACCAAGUACACCAGCUCCAAGUAACUUGCCAUCAGAACCGGCGUUAACUACCCAAAGGCUCUUUUCAGAGUAGCUCCCACUUUUAUAUUGAGAGCUUAGCACUAACUGCUGAUAGGAUCAACUUACCCACAAAACUUAGCUAAAAUGCCGUCUUGUGAAAACAAAGAAAGCAAUUAAGAUGCGUUAAGAAUUUUUACAAGUGCUGUUACUUCGUCACAGCUCUGAUCCUAGUCAGCUGUGAAACAUACCUGGGUUAUCCUAUAUUGAGCCUCCUUUAAAGACAAGUUCUAGAAAACUACAUUUUGAGUCAAGUUAGUUGAUAUAAUGUACAAUUGCCACAUGCUAUGAGAAAUGGUAAAGGUAUCGGGAGCAAAAAGGGAAAUUUGUCUUGAUAUACGUCAAACCUUUAAGCUAAGUGAUUUAAAGCAUUUUUGUCCCUUUGAAAACUAUAUAUAGGAUUAAGACAGGAGAGAAACCACAAAAAUUUUAGGAAGAAGGCCUUUUAUUUUGGGGUGGUAUCUUUGGCAGGGGCAAAGAAAUCAGGCAGUCUCCUUGAAGAGGCUAAUAGGGAUCACCACCUGAUUACAACUUAAGAUAAAAAUUCUCAAAAUGCCUCAGUAUUAGUGUCUACCAGUCUUCUAGUUAUGGCCCUCAUUUUUUAUUUCAUGUACUGUCAUGGGCACUUACUGAAUCAUGGAGUUAGGUUGGUGCUAGAUCAUAUGUGAUACUAGAAUGUGUCUAAGAAUCCUCUCUAUGUGAAAUGUUGAGUGGAAGGAGUUGAUUCCAUUUAAGAGCCAUUAAGUGUCAUAAGGUGACUGAUACUAGGGAAAGACCAAUGAGCAAGACGACCAUUCCCUGUCAUGGUGCUUAGUCUAAAGUGGAUAUUUAAACAGUAAUCU